AUGGCCGCCCCUGCCUUGAUUAUGGCCUCGCCUAUCGAAGCCACUGACUCAGGUGUUGCCAAACGUUCCACUCCUCCUGGAGGAUAUCAAAACGGAUCCGGAAAGUGCAACGGGACUAGCUGUAACGUGUCCAACAGCUUGAUCCACAAUAACCAACCUUGCGAUCAUGGAAGCUGUGGUGGACGUGGUGGCGGUGAUGGAAAACCUUGUGGCUUUGCUAAGGCUAACGGCGAGAUGUAUUGUCCCGGCAGCUUUUGA